AAAUUACCAAGCGUAUUACUAAAUACUGGAUUUUCAAUUAAACUAUUUCUUACAAUGAAAGUCUCUGCCAGUACCGUGUUGAUUGCGAGUAUUGGUGUCCUUUUUGCUAGUUCAGUGAAAAGUGUGAAACAGCAUAUGAUUUGCACAGUUGAUGAGGAAUUAUCUGAGAACGAAAACAUCGACUCUGCAUCGAAUACUCGUCUUCAGGGAAGUCCAGUAAAAAAUGAUCGAAAUGGGAAGAUGUCUGCUUGUAUAGUGGAUUAUGAGAAUACUAAUGCUACUAUUAGGGAAAUUAUGAAAUCGAUUAAGAAGGAAGUGAUUGCAAAAAUAAAGAGAAAGGAAGGAAAUAAAUUGAGAAAAGCAUUGGAAGAACAGCGAACAGGACUGAACAAAACUAUAAACGAAUUACUAAAAAGAAUAGAGAAAUUGGAAGAGAAUGCGACCGCAGCUCAGUUAUCUCCCCGGUCGAUCAUUCCUGAGGUCACGGAACAAGAUUUUGUUCACUAUGGCGGAAGAAAAUAUAUACCGUGGGCAUGUCAAGAGGUUAACAGAGCAGCAGCAAUUGCCACAUGUCAACAAUUAGGCGGAGAAUUGGCAAAUAUAUACAACCAAAAUCACCUGAACAAAAUAAUGACAUUCAUUCGAGAAAACAAGAUGGGCAAAAAAAGAUUCAAAAAAUUUUCUCUUGGCAUGACAUAUGACACUGUUAAUCAGAUUCUCAAUUACCGAAACGGAACCUCGGCAUCAGACAGUGGUUUAAGAUGGUGGAAAGGGUUUCCAAAAUAUGAGGGGCCACAUCAUAUUUACACACAUGUGUAUGUCGGGAUUGAAGACACUUUGACAAACCCAUACCAAUACAUCAUCAACCUCAAUGAACAGGAAACAUACGUCCUGUGUGAAAUUUAAUCUCCCACCCAAACAACGAAAUGUCAAAUAAAGGACUAGAGAUGAGACUCUUUUCUCGUCAAACAAAUAGUACUUCUGUAAUAUGUGAGCCGAGAUCGCGGACACCGGAGCGUAGUAUGUGUACCAGGUUAGGCCAUAAUUUUAGGUACAAAUACAACGGAGUCAUUUGGCUUGUCCCCGAACUCGUAAUAGGGACAAAACAGGGAAAUUUGGAAUAAAA